AUGUCAACGACACAGUCUUUCACCAAUUACUAUCUUCUGGCGACAGUUACCAGCUCCAUCCCUGCUGGUGGCAAUUUUUUACCUCAGAUGAAGGAAGAUAUGGAUUUACUGAUGAAAAACGAACUCUUACCUAUGGGUAGGGAUGGCGCGCUCACAGGAGGCAGACAAGUCUUAUGGGAGGAGGGGAUAAAAGGCAGGAAAUCAUCCAUCCUGGAUAUCCUUAUUUCGGGAUCAGACCUCACAACCGAAGAUAUCUUGGGCAUCAAAUACAUAAAAAAAAAAGGUCAAGCACUCUUACAGGGAGCAUCUUUAUUACAGAAACUGUGGUCUGGUCUAGAGUGGAGGCUCAAUGGUGCCUUUUCAGGUCCUGUGAAGAAGUUAAGGCGGCGAUGGGAGUUGGGGAAUAAUGAGACAGACACAGACCUGGAGGAGAUGAAUGAAGAUUCUAUGGUGGACACAGACACCAGCUGGUCGCAGCAAUUGUUUGAUGCUGGACAAAAGAGAUCAAACCAUCCCAUCAAGACAUCAGAAGAAAAAAGCUGGGAGCACCUCUUGUGGAGCAUAUACUAUGCUAUGCGCAACAUCAUCCUCGAGGCCAAUGACGAGUCCUCCCAACAAGACUCACUGAACCCCCUUCCCUUCAAUGUCAUCCCAGAACCACAGUACUGGUCCUCUGAAUUUGCCACCACACCCGUUCCAGACGCCACCGACUUGUGCAAGCCUGAUUUAGUCCUCAUGGACUACAGGCUGAAAAAGAAUAAAUCAGGUGAAAAGACCUGGGCGGAUGUUCUCACCAAUAUCAAGAUCACCAAGUCGGAAUUGAUUCAAGGAAAAGAUAUCCCUAUAUUCUUAGGGGUCGCCACCAAGGGAUAUCUUAUAAUGCGAGAACAGCUCAUCGCAAACCUCCAGCUCCACACUCAUUAUAUGGACCACUCUGGAAUGAUUAUCUCUCAACCCCUCCCAAUUGGUGCCAAUGCCGUGCAUUUCGUCGACGUCUUAAACAUAAUCACACUAUCAGACCUAGCUUCCCUUGGGUUCGACCCUACCAUUCACAUUUGCACCAACCUCUGCUCCGCUGGUUCUCACAAUGAUCUUCCUGAGGGUAUAGAUCAAAUGCCGGAAGGAACAAAAGGCUGGGUGAUGGACAACAAUGGUGAGGUGUACUGGAUCAUGGCAAUUUUAUGGAAGAGUCGUGGUCUAUUUUCGCGUGGGACCGUUUGUUAUCGUGUUCAAGAUCAGCACAGGACAGAAUUUGCAUUGAAAAAUUGUUGGGUCAACAUGGAAAACCUGGAUCAUGAAGUGACGCUCCUCUGGGCAGUCGAUGGCAUUCUAAAUGUGGUCAGUCUCGAAAAAUAUUGGGGCAUCCAGUAUGCCGGACAAACAGAUUGCACAGAGAGGAUUCGCGAACACAUUAGUGAAAACCUUCUGGAAGCACCGAUAUACUCUAAUAAGGUUCACCAUCACAUGCUAUUGACCCCUUGCGGGCUUCCACUGACAACCUUCAAGUCCCUCCCUGAGCUAGUCAAUGUUUUUCGAGAUCUUAUUGUUGCUCACAAAGCAAUGGUCACCCAGUGGAACAUUCUACACGGCGACCUCAGUCCCAACAAUUUAAUCAUCCACAAUGGAAAGGGUUACUUCAUCGACUUCGAUCACACCAAAUUCCUCAAAAACAAUGCAGCAGUCAAUUUGUGUGGUACUGGAACUGUACCCUAUAUUUCCUGCCGUCUUCUCAAGCUCAUGGGAGACAUUCCGUGUCCAUCCACGAUCGACCACAGAGCCUCUGAUGACUUAGAGUCUCUCUUUUACAUCCUCCUCGAAUUCACAACAACAUAUGAAGGACCCAGUGGUAAAACAUCGGCUGAAGGAGUGCAUCCUGUCAAUGCCCCUAGGUGGCGCAAGGCUUACCUGAUGAUGGAUGGAGAUGGUCUGGGGACUAGUGGAUCAUUGAAGAAAGAAUUUCUGACAGAGAAACAUCCGCCCUACAAACUGACACCAUACUUUAAAGCUUGUCGCCCCAUCCUUGAGGAAUGGCGCAAGGCAAUUGGGGACGUGUUGCACAAUGAACGUGACUUGUCUCACAAAGAAAUCGAAAUCCUCAAGAUUAUGCAACAGGAUCUGGAGAGAAUUCUAAGUAUACCAGGUAUCCCAACAUCACAAAGUGUUGCGUUUUUGCCAGUGACAUCUGUCGCCACUCCUUCUCCUACUUCUCUUCCUCUCCCCACGUGUCCUCAUCACCCCAUUCCUCUCCCUCCUGCUUCUCUCUCACCCCCUCAUAUUGAAGCUAUGGCCCAGGAUGCUGGUGUUUGGCCCCGUUGUUUGGGGCAGCAAAUGCAGAUGCUGCCUCCUGAACUCCCAUCUGUUACCCGGGGCACAAUUGCUCAUUCAGCUUCUGGUUCCAUGACAUCACAAGUCCAUUCCUCUUCUCCUCCCCCCACUUCUGGCCCUAUGACCAAGGAGACUCGUCUUCGACCUCGUCGCUCUGGGCAGAAGAACAAAAUGAUUCCUCCUCCGCUCCCAUCAUUGCCAUUUGUUGGCCCAAACGAACUUCCUGGCUCAGGUGCUGGCUCCAUGACUGAGGAACUUCCUAUCCAUGUGAGGUAUCGGUGGUCAUGCUGCACAACUCCAAAAAAUUGGCAAAACUCUAACGGCCCCAACAAGGCGAAAGAAGGCAUCAAACAAUCUGGAUAUAAGCGACUCUGA